UUACAUUUUUUCGUUAGUCGUUUAUUAGAAUAUUGGAUAACAGUACAAUUUCUAGAAAAGCUAAAGUUUAGAAAUUGAACAUGUAUUUUUCAAUAAGUAAUUUAACGAUUAUAUAUUAUAUGACUGUAGUCGUUAUUUUCGUCAAUGGCGAUUUGGAUGUAUCAACUGAAAAGUGUCAAGAUGAUUUGAGAACUAUAGGUUUUGACACAAUUUGUCAUCCAUUUAAUAGUUUAUCCGAAUUUGUGGAUGAGAAUAUUACUUUGAUUAGACAUCCCAAAUGGAAAUUUAAAACCCAAGAAGAUUUAGUAAAAUAUGAAUCCGUGGCUACAUCAUAUAUUAAAGCUUAUUUUAAGAAUUUUUUUAUUGAUAGAAAUGUUAAUAUUGAUAAAUGUACAUCGGCAUAUACGAAACACCUGGUGGAGAAUAUUCUAGACCCAGAUAAUAUGUUAUCAGUUAAAACUUGGUGUGAUAUAAACGUUAUUAACAAAGACGACCUUCCAGAAUUUAUUCGCGAAGAAAGUGAUAAAAUAUUUAUAGAUGAAAUUAUGUAUAGCAAAUAUUAUAUAAAACGUAUAGUAAAGAAUACAGGUUUGCCGAAAAAACAUCAGCUGGCUCAUUUUAAAACUUUAAGAGGUAAACCAAAAUCACACAUUUUGUUAUUAUUUGUGGUGUAUUGUUUUUUUUUUUUUUAUCAGAUCAGAUUUGAUCAUCAUAUACUCGUAUAAUUAAUAAUUAUUUAC